AUGGUGGAGAAAGAGAUCGACAUGAGCCAGGGGCAGCCGAGGAGGCCGCAGCAGGCCGAGGACCUGCAGCACGCGCAGGAGCAGCCCGUCAAGUACGGCGACAUGCUGGACGUGUCAGGCGAGCUGGCCCAGCGGCGCGUGGCUCCGAGGGACGCCGCGCUGCUGCAGGCCGCGGAGCACGCGGGCCACGUGGGCAAGGCCCAGAUCACGGGCCCCGUCGCCGACGCCGGUGCCACCGUCAUCGAGGCCGAGCUCGCGGGCCGCCGCGUCGUCACCGAGUCCAUCGGCGGGCAGGUGGUGGCGAAGAUGGUGACCCCGGCGCCGGUGGCGAUGACGGACCCGCCGGGCGCGCUGGACAAGGACGCCGUCACGAUCGGCCGCGCGCUGGAGGCCGUGGUCGCGAUGGAGGGGGACAGGACGGUCGACCAGAGCGACGCGGCGGCCAUCCAGGUCGCGGAGACGUGCGCCACGGGGUCCCACGCCACCAUCCCCGGAGGGGUGGCCGCGGCGGCGCAGUCAGCGGCUGAUCAGAACGCCCUCGCCUUGCGCGACGAGGACAAGGUCAAGCUCCGGAACGUCCUCUCGAACGCGAGGGAGAGGCUGCCGGCGGACAAGGGGGCGACGCGGGAGGACGUCGAGAGGGUGGUGUCCGCGGAGAUACGGAACAAGCUGGACAUGACGACCACGCCGGGCGGCGUGGCGGACGCGGUGACUACAGCGGCCCGGCUCAACCAGGAGCGCCCAAGGCCAUAG